GAAGAACUAUAAUAACACAGUUUCCUUACAACCAUAUGAUUCACGUAUCGGUGCUCUCGAAAGCAUCAGUCAGUCAUACCAUACCAUUGAGUGACUACAAGCUAAGGGGUCCACAGUUUUUGAUUGAACCCAACAAUAGGGUUGAGUUUCUCAACGACACCCGUACUGUCAUUACAUGCAGUGCUAAAGGAAAUCCUGAUCCGAAAAUCCAUUGGAUUAAAUCCGAUGGCUCGCCAUUAGUCAAUAGGGAUAGUAUAAUACAGGUGCUCACUGCUGACGGCUAUACCAGUCAAGUGGUGUAUAUGCCGUUUGCCGCUCACGACUACCAACAGGACAUACACUGGUCAUCCAUACGCUGUGUUGCCGUCAAUAGUGUCGGUACUAUUGAGAGCACUGAGUGUAACAUCAGAGCCAGUAUUAGACAGUCAUAUGAAGUGCGAGUUUACGAUGAGUUUGUUAUUAAAGGCAAUACUGCCAUAUUAAGAUGUGAUAUAAUACCUGCAUUUAUAAGAGAUUAUGUUUUGGUUACCAAUUGGCUAACAAAUGAUGGACUAACCAUUCAUUCAAACAUUCAAAAUGGUAUUAAAAAUAAACCACUGUUACGCCACAGCGGUCCGAUACGAGCUGAUGAAACACAACCGGUAUCUAUCCGUAAACAGAUACCGUCCAAGUCUGACGACUCACCGUUGAGUUUGCAGUUUAAUGCAAAUCCUAAGCACUCUUUAGGGUUAACUGGUUUAAGUCUGAACCCAACACUUCAUAACCAAAUGAAUGGCGGCCGAUUUAGUGUGUUAUCUACCGGUGAUCUUGUCAUCCAUAGUGUCGAUGCCAUCACUGAUAGUCACCGACAAUAUCGAUGUCAGACUAAACACAAACUCAACGAUGAAGUGAAAGUCAGCGCCAAUUCCGGACGUAUUAUAGUUACCGAGUCACAAUCAAAUUUGUCGCCAAAAAUCACUACAAGCCUUAGUAAAGUGUCAGCCAUUGUCGGCCAAACAGUUGAACUGUUAUGUAGUGCACAGGGAUAUCCACCACCACAUGUAGUCUGGUAUCGGUUUAAUCAUAAAUCACAACUAUUGGACCGAUUGUCGGCCAUAACUACUAGUGACCAGAAAUUUGUGUCCAAUUCAUUGACUACUCGUUUAACGCAAAUCUAUUCAUCACUUAUAAUAAAAUCUGUUUUAUUGGAUGACUCGUCAAAGUAUGUCUGUGUGUGUAAUAACAGUGUGGGUCAGGACACCAGUCAUACACAGCUUAUAGUCAGAGCACCGCUAAGUGUUAGUAUAAAUCCAUCGCAUUUGAUGGUAGGAGUGGGCGAUUCAGUUGAGCUUAACUGUAGUAUUACCGGAGCACCGGUAGGCCAUGUGAUCUGGAAAAUGAAUGGCAAACCAAUUGUGUAUAAUAAUCGCAUUAAACUAUAUAAUGAUCGUUCAUUACAUAUCAAACAAAUUGAUGCCAUAGAUCAGGCUAUGUAUCAAUGUAUAGUCAGUAAUGAUUGGUCGAGUAGAUCGUCCAGUGCUGAGAUACAUGUGAUUAGUGACGGACCGCACUUUGUCUAUACAUUUCCACCGAUGGAACCGCUGUCGCCGGGCGUCGACYUAUCGCUCAAAUGUUCGGCAAAAGGUCUACCGUUGCCUCAAAUCAUUUGGACGGUCGACGGACAGCCCAUCACCGAUAGCUAUAGGAUACGGAUCGGCGACUAUGUUAGCAGUGAUAGUGUUGUCAACAGUUAUAUCAAUAUAACUAAUGUUCGCACAGAUGACGGAGGACUUUACAAAUGUUUGGCAUUAAAUACCAUGAAUACAGUCGUACAUUACAAUCGAGUAGUGGUUAGGGGACCGGUAUUUGUACGACAAUUUACACACAAUAUCACUGUCAUUGCGGGGAAAACACUACAAGUCGACUGUCCGGCCAAUGGUUAUCCCAUGAAAUCUAUUCAAUGGUUUAUUGGUAGUGACUUUACUACAGUUGGUAGUGGAGGACAGCGUGUGUGGCAUAAACUGCCACAAAAUCAUCGACAGAAAAGCUUAACAAACGGCACACUGAUAGUUGAAUCAGCGGACAGUCAUACCGAUAGGCAUUGGUAUAGGUGUGCAGUCAACAGCAGCUCCGGUAGUUCGGCACACAGCGACGUCUAYAUUGAAGUAUUGGCCGCACCAGUGAUUGCACCGUUUUUUGUUUCGCCUAAUCUCAGGGAAGGUAUGCGUCAAUUGCUUACCUGUGCUGUCGUUGAGGGCGACCCACCGCUUACUAUAGAGUUUCUCAAAGAUGACGUACCGGUGGGCCAAUURUUGRCCAMACGGGACAAGUCGUCCGCCAAUACGAUUAAGUUGAUGUCAAACAAUAUGUUUUCGACGACACUAUUCAUAUCCAAUGUUACGGCCGACGACUCCGGUAACUACACGUGUUUGGCGUCCAAUAGAGUGGCCAACACUUCAUACUCGACAAUACUAACUGUUUUAGUGCMUCCCAAAUGGAUAAUCAGUCCGUCAGAUACCGAAGCUAUUGUCGGCCAACGAGUAGUGAUGGAYUGUGUUUCAAGCGGUCACUCACGUGUUUGGUGGGAACGAUCGGAGCUCCGGGAGGGACAGCUCAGGACAAUCAUCAGUAACUCACACAUGCAUUCACUGUUCAACGGCAGUCUAGCCAUCAAUGAUGUCCAACUCGAUGACGAGGGUGUCUAUCUGUGUCAGGCCAACAACGGUGUGGGCACCGGUAUCAGCAAAUUGGUUACACUUAAAGUACACGUYGGCGCUCACUUCAAGACUAAGUUUGAAUCGCAAACAGUUACMAAUGGACAAUAUCAAAUGUUGAGAAAUGAGACAAAUGACAGGCAUUUGUUGCGAUUACAMAUCAAAGAAACGACACGUGCGGACAGUUCAUUGUACACGUGUUUGGCAUACAAUCWGUACGGAAGAGAUGAAUAUAACUAUCAGCUCAUUGUUCAGGAGUCACCCGAUAUACCACACAAUGUAAUGAUUAGUGAGAUUACGAGUCGCAGUGCAGUCAUGUCAUGGAUAGAGCCCUACUCUGGGAACACCAUUAUAACGGCCUAUCGAUUACAAUACAAGAUAUCAGUCAAUAGCUGGCAAUCAAUGAGUGAUAAAAUGAUUGAAAGCAUUGCCGGAAGCGAUACUUCAUUYACUAUUAGAGGACUAAAACCUGUGACCAGUUAUGACGUGCGGUUGAGAGCGGAAAACAAAUGUGGAUUUAGUGCCUAUAGUGAAGACAUACACUUUACUACCACUGAGGAAGAGCCGUCAGGUCCUCCYCAACACAUCCAAGUGUUCCCAUUGAGUGCCCGAUCCCUUGGCGUCUCAUUYACGGCUCCGACACUUGAAUCAAGAAAUGGACGCAUUAUUGGCUAUUAUUUGGGUUAUAAGUCAUUGGAUUCUUUGGACUCAAACUAUAUGUUUAAGAAGUUAUUGAUUAGUGAUGUGUCGGGUGUUGUAAACCAACGAAACGAAGUCAACAUAACAUCACUCAAACCAAACACUAAAUAUGCUGUCGUUGUUCAGGCAUUCAAUGGCAAAGGGACGGGUCCGCAAUCGGAGGAGAUUAUUGGUCAGACAUUGUUAAUGGACAGACCCACAGCACCCAUACUGACCAUCGGUGAUGUCGGUUACGAUUGGAUUGAAAUGGAGUGGAAGUUCCCCGACCAGGGAUUAGAUGAUAAUAUCGGCAAUAAUAAUGACUCGUUGAACACAAUCACCGGUUAUUACAUAUACUGGAAAAGCCAUUCAAAACAAUGGAUUGAAAAACAGUUGCGUUUGAAGACCUAUUCCUAUACGAGUAAUGAUCUGUUAUGCGGAACAUUAUAUCAGUUUUAUUUAGUGGCCUAUAAUGCUAUCGGAAAGGGAGACGCAAGCGAUGCCAUUGCUAUUAAAACUAAGGGAUCAGCACCGACAGCACCCAAACAGUUGAAUGAUUUUAUAAUAGUAAACACGACAUCAGCGGUCAUACGAYUGGAUGAGUGGCUAUCAAAUGGUUGUCCGAUCAAAGAGUUUCAAUURAAAUACAAAUUAACAAAAUAUGAGACGGAAUGGCAUAAAAUGGAUGCACAUCUCUGGCCCGAUGAGACCAGUCUGGAGAUACAGGCUCUCAAAACGGGUAAUUGGUAUUCACUAUUUGUUAGGGCAGUCAACGAUGCCGGCAGUACUGAACAAGUCUACCAAUUUUCUACACUCACAGCUCAUGGAGCUACGGUAUCGCCGUUGUCUGAAAGGGAACCGCCGUUAGGUUUUGAUAGCAUAACAAUAGCCAUACCUGUGAUAUGUUCAGUGAUAGUAUUAUCUGUGAUACUMUGUGUCGGACUAAUUGUUUUAUACAAACGUAGGCCACAGUCGCUAAUAAAUCAAAACAAUUAUACAAACAGUCAAUCCAUACGACAUCAUAGCCAACAGUUUAACUGUCGAGACGAUCAACUACUGGACUCAGCCUAUCAACUAUCAGUCCUCACUAAUGAUCAAAAUCAAUGCUAUCUAAAGGACAGUUGUCUGGAAAGUCAUAAUUGUGUUCAAUCAGAAAAGCAGUUGUAUUUUCAAUCGCCGUACGCCUUGUCCCGUAUCGAUCAUAAAAUGUGUGUACCGUUUGACGGCUCCGGCGGUAUCGAGACUAGCGAUGUGGACGACCUGAGCUAUAUAUCAUCAWCCGGUGCCACACAAACACCGGGACGUCAGCCGAUAACACGCGAACACGUCUACCAAAAACCGUUUCCACCGAAAUGGGUUUAA